AUGGUGCUCCGGACUACUCACCAUUCUCAUCCUCCUCGACCUCAGCGCAGCAUUCAACACCAUCUCCCACCCACUGCUCCUGGACUGUCUGGCUGGCAUUGGGAUCACUGGUGCUGCACACUCCUGGUUCACAAAGAACCACAAGGUGUUCGGGUGUUUCACUGGGUGUCCCCCAAGGAUGAUAUUCAGGUCUACAUCUCCUCAAAACCCACCGCUGCCAUUCCUCCCACCUCCCUCAUCACCUGCCUUGCAGACAUCCGGAGCUGGAUGAGCAGGAACUUCCUGAAACUCAAUGGGAAUAAAACCGAGGCCCUGCUCAUCGGCUCCAAAUCCACCCUCACCAAAUCUCAACACACCCCAGUCCCACCCAUCAUCGUCGACGGAUUCCCUGUACCCUUCUCCCCUCAAAGUACCAGUCAGACUCCUGAAACAGAAAGAACUGAUGGAACAUGCUUCCCUGUGUGUGACCUGGUGAAAGCACUUAGUACUGUAACAGCAAAACUGGAAGCCAUGGAAACCAGGUUGAAGAAGAGUGAAAGCCAGAUUGUUGAACUGAAGACUAAAGAAACAACCAGUGUGGCAUUCGCCGCUACAUCAGGAGGAGGAAGAGAGGGUGCAGCCAUCGGACCAUUCGGCACAGAUAGAACUCUUGUCUUCAGAAGAGUGUUAUCAAACCUGGGCAAUGGCUACAAUUCUGAGACAGGUACCUUCACUGCACCUGUAGCAGGCACCUACUACUUCUUCAUGUCCCAUCACGCUGGAGGACAACACAUAGUGAGUCUUACCCUCAUCAGGAACAGUGAUGCUAUAGUGCAGACCUAUGACCACGCAUCAACCGCAGACACAGCUGAUAAUGGAAGCAACGCGGCGGUCCUGCAGCUGCAGCAAGGAGACCGGGUGUAUGUGCGCUUGGAUGCAAAUACACAUGUCUGGGGAAAUGAUUUAGUUACCACAUUCAGUGGUUUUCUGCUCUGAAAAAACUGAGACACUAAACAGGAUUCAUUAUAAUUAUUUUAUUCUAAUGGCCAAGCUAAUUUAAAAGCAACUUAUGAUAGACUGUAAGAAGUGUGAAGGGCUCAGUCAGGUAAGAGAAAACAGGAAUAAGGAUCCUCAAUCACAGUGUUUUAAAUAAUGUCUGUAUUCUUACCAAAUAUUACAAACCUUUGAAAGUUGCCC